AUGGACAGAAUAUCUUCCAUAAGUCCAGAAAAGGAAGAAUGCAAAUUUAAUGCUAGAAUCUUACGCUUAUGGACACUCCCAUCAUACAACAAUCCUGAAAUCACUUCAACCAUGGAAUUGGUGUUAAUGGAUGCCGAAACCAAUAAGAUCCAUGCAUCAAUACCAAACAAACUGUUAGAUGAAUUCAUUGGGAAAUUGCGGGAAGGCCUGGUAUACAGUUUCAGAUUCUUUGAUGUCGGAAACAACGUUGGAAAAUACAGAACAACUCGCCAUCAAUAUCGUCUAAAUUUUCAGACUGAAACUGAGGUUGACCUUAUACCAGACAAAGAAAUACCCUUCUACGAUAUCAUUGGAAUAAUUGUUGGCUGUUAUCCUGUUAUUGAAUUCGAAAAAAAUGGAGACAAAUGCAAAAGGAUGGUAAUUGAUCUUCUUAUUGACGGGAAAAAGUUUGAUUUUACUCUAUUUGGUCACUAUGUCGAUGAAUUCAAUUCAUACUUUGAUAAUGAUGCAUCUAAAAACAAUGUUCUGGUGGUACAAUAUGCAAGGGUUAAAACUUUUAGAGGUAUUAAAAAAUCUCAUACUUAA